AUGGACAGGGCAAACAAUAGAGUGUGUUUGACCUCGGAGAAUGAUCUCUCUUGGCUGGCGACCCAUGCAGGUGGCCGGUUCGGUGCCAAGGCCCGGGUGGCACCACAGACCCGAUCAGUCCAUUGGGUGCCAAUGUGCCAGGGGGCAUGGGGCAAGCCUAUUGAGAGGCGAUGUGUCGGACACAAUGGAAGCGACAGACUUGCUGCAUCAACAGGCUUUUUGCUGCUGUGGUCAGAAAUAAACCAUAAAUACCACCGCUGGCUUCUACCCACUGCUUGCCAGGCCACCAACACCCACAGAUCCUCUAACGGAGAAAUAGUAGCACUGAGAUAAAGAAAAACCAGAAGAAAUUGGAUUGAUCAAGGUACAGUGUCUCACACACCAAAAUCCAGAGGGAACAUGCCCGAACAUCAGGGAAUACCAGACCAACAGGCCGCAGGGAAGGGCCAAGGAGGGGCUGGAGUCACAUACAAGUUGGUGGCUUUCGAGUUUGAGAACUUCGUGGGAAAGAAGGUGGAAUUGUCUGCUGAAUGCAAGGAUGUGAUCGAAAAGGCAGAGAGGAUUGGCUCAAUCAUCGUAGAGUGUGGCCCGUGGGUCGGGUAUGAGCUCCCGGGCUUCGCUGGGGAGCAGUUUGUGUUGGAGAAAGGGGAGUACCCUCGCUGGAGCACCUGGACCAACAGCCAGAGCACUUACUACCUGCGCUCCUUCAGACCUCUCAAGGUGGACACUGCGGAGCAUAAGUUGCACCUGUUUGAAAAUGCGGGCUAUGCCGGGAGGAAGAUGGAGAUUAUUGAUGACGACGUGCCCAGUCUUUGGGCUCAUGGCUUCCAAGACCGCGUGGCCAGCAUCAAGUCAGUCAAUGGAACGUGGGUGGGAUACAUGUAUCCCGGCUACAGGGGGCACCAGUAUGUGUUUGAGCAUGGCGAUUACAAGCACUGGAACGAUUGGGGAGCCGCAACACCUCUCAUCCAGUCCUUCCGUCGUGUGAAGGACAUGCAGUGGCAUAAGCGGGGACGUUUCAACGUGCCCGCCCCAACUCCUGGCCCUGAACCCACUCCCAACCCUAACCCAACCCCCAACCCAAACCCAACCCCCAACCCCAACCCUAACCCCCCUGCCCCAACUCCUCCUGCGGCCGCAGGGACCAGUUGA